GCCCAGCUCGCUGCUGCUGGGCUGUAUCCCAACAUGACGCCCGAUAACCACACGUGUAUCCUGGCCGAUCCCGUCUUGUCGUGCUCUGAGAAUGCUGUGUCCGAAAAGGUUGAUACCUGCUGCACAGAGACUUAUGGAGGACUGGUGCUUCAAACCCAGUUCUGGAGCACUCACACCGGCCUCGAAAGCGAGGGACAGGUCCUCCCGCCUUAUACCUGGACCAUCCACGGCCUGUGGCCUGACUUCUGCAAUGGCAGCUACACCCAAUACUGCGACCUCAGCCGCCAAUAUGACCCCCAGCCUGCCCCCAACACCACCAACGGCAGAGCUGAUGGCACCCCUGUGCCUCCUUACACAGGUCCAUCCCUCGAGACCCUUUUCGAGCCUCACGGCAAGCUGGAUCUGCUGGCCUACAUGAAGAAGUACUGGAUCAACCAGUACGCCCCAAACUGGGAGCUCUGGGCCCACGAAUUCUCCAAGCACGCCACUUGCUUCUCAACCUUUGACACCGAGUGCUACGGCCCCAAGGCUAGCAAGUAUGACGACCUUUUUAACUUCUACGAGACCGUCAUCGCCUACUACAAGGCCCUGCCGACCUGGGGCUGGCUCUCUGCCGCCAACAUCCGCCCCUCCAACACAACCUCCUACUCCCUCUCCGACGUCCAGGCCGCUCUGACCCAUGGCUACGGCGCCGUUCCCUACAUCGGCUGCAGCGGGCCCAAGUACAACCAGACCGACGCCGGCAAGGGCUCGCUCGACAACGGCGGCACCCAGCUGAGCGAGGUCUAUUACUACUACCACGUCUACGGCGCUGCCCAGCGCAAUCAGGGGCUGCGAGUCGGUGCCGACAUCGCAGGCGGCUCCCUGUCGUCCUGCGCAAAGGCCCCCGGCGCCAUCUGGUACUACGAG